UAGAAUAUGGAAUGAUCGGCGAACAUACUGUAAAAAGUCAGCGGCCCAGAUCAGUCUUUGACACAAAGGCCCUGCAGGAGCAAGCUGAAUCUGCUAAAUUUAUGGCACAAACUGGUGAAUCUGGUGCAGAGGAGUGGUCCCAGUGGAGCUCAUGCUCAGUUUCAUGCGGCCAAGGGUCGCAGGUGCGAACAAGAACAUGUGGUUCACCAUACGGAACACACUGCAGCGGCCCUUUAAGAGAGUCAAGGGUUUGCAAUAACACUGUCCCCUGUCCAGUGCAUGGCGUCUGGGAGGAGUGGUCACCAUGGAGCCUGUGUUCGUUUACGUGUGGGCGUGGCCACCGCACUAGGAACAGGAUGUGUGCCCCGCCCCAACAUGGAGGGAGAGCCUGUGACGGGCCUGAGACCCAGAGCAAACUCUGCAACAUCGCCCUCUGCCCAGUGGACGGCCAGUGGCAGGAGUGGAGCCUGUGGAGUGACUGCUCAGUGACCUGUGCCAACGGGACCCAGCAGAGGACCAGACAAUGUUCAGCCGCCGCCCACGGUGGGUCGGAGUGUCGUGGCCACUGGGCAGAGAGCAGAGAGUGUUACAAUCCAGACUGCACAGCCAAUGGCCAGUGGAAUCCCUGGGGGCCUUGGAGUGGCUGCUCCAAAUCAUGUGAUGGGGGUUGGCAGAGGCGGGCGCGGGUGUGCCAGGGGGCAGCGCUCACCGGGCAACAGUGCGAGGGCACAGGGGAUGAAGUCCGCAAGUGCAGUGACCAGCGUUGCCCAGCGCCCUAUGAGAUCUGUCUGGAGGACUACACUGUAGCCAUGGUGUGGAGAAGAACACCUUCAGGAGAACUGGCCUUCAACAGGUGUCCUCCCAAUGCCACGGGCACCACUAGUCGACGCUGCUCUCUGGAUCACCGGGGUGUGGCCUACUGGGAACCACCCAGCUAUGCCCGCUGCAUAACCAAUGAAUAUAGAUACCUGCAGCAAUCAGGCCAUCUAGCUAAGGGCCAGGGGAAGUUGGCGGGGGACGGGAUGUCUCAGGUGACCAAGACCCUGCUGGAUCUCACCCAGAGAAGGAACUUCUACGCUGGAGACCUGCUGUCCUCUGUGGAGAUACUCAGAAACGUGACUGAUACCUUCAAGAGGGCCAGUUACGAACCGAGCUCAGACGACGUGCAGAACUUCUUUCAAAUCAUCAGCAAUCUCCUAGAGGAAGACAACAGGGAAAAGUGGGAGGACGCACAACAGAUCUAUCCAGGUGCAGUGGAGCUGAUGCAGGUCAUCGAGGAAUUCAUCCACAUUGUUGGCCUGGGCAUGAAGGACUUCCACAACGCCUAUCUGAUGACUGGGAACUUGG